CAUUUUUGUUUUUCGAUUGUAGAAAUAAGUUCGUGGCUGACGCUAAUGACAUUGAUUUUGAUUUUGGGAUCAUGCACAUAAAAAAAAAUAUUGGUUUUACCAACUUCAAACUUGUGGUCAAUUUUUGUCUGAUUCUGUAAGUAUAUUGUUUUAUUAGUUCAAGACCAAGUUACAUUAUUAUUUAUUUUAUAGUUUGAUUGAAAGUAACCUGUUACUUUUCAUUUCUUUAAUUUAUGCCUUUCAUUUUUCAAUUUGUUAUAAAUUAAGUGGCUAAUUGAUUAUCCUCUCUUUUUUAUUGCAGCAUAUCGAUGUUAUUAUGUAUUAUCUUAGGAAAAAGAUCAUGCACAGUGGUACUAUCAACUUAUUGGUUACGACUACUGAUUCAAUUUUCUAUAAAGUUGUUAGAACUACUUAUGAGAGUUACUUAGCCAACGGCAGCAAUGUGAUCAACCAGGAAAGCAUUAUUGCAAAAUACAUGUCUGGACAAUCAUUACCAUGUAGUGUUCCAUGGUAUUACCUUGAUCAUGUUGCGAUUCCAGCUCAUGUUACAGAUGAAGUGCAUUAUAUUCUUGCACAUUUCAAUAUUAGAGAGAGGUGCUUGGUGGUGUAUAAUUCUAUGACUCCGAGAGUGAAUAAGAAACCUGUUGAGAAAACUGUUACGGCAUUCUCUGUGUUGAUUCCUUUGUUUAUGGAGUGUAUUGGCUUCUAUAAUACGAGGGCAGACAUAGACUUCAAUCAAGGUCCAUAUGCAGUUGCAAGGUCUCAUCCUUUGGCUAUAAAGUUUGCAAAAGGUGUUCCUCAACAAGAAGAUUGUGACUGUGGUGCAUUUGUGAUUGCUUUUGCUGAUCACAUAAUUCAUGACACCAUAAAUGGCAUAUCUCCUAAACUCAACAUUGCCAAUUAUCGUGAUGACCUUGCUGUUUGUCUUUACCAUCAUGCUAAAAAGAAGCAAGAGGAUGGGUACAAGACUGAUGUAGAGGAACCUGAAAAGCCUGAGAAAACGAAGAAGAAGACUGAUGUAGAGGAACCUGAAAAGCCCGAGAAGGAAAAGAAGAAGACUGAUGCAGAGGCACCUGAAAAGACUGAGAAGAAGAAAAAGAAGGAUGUUGAAGAGGCACCUAGAAAACUUGAGAAGAAGAAAAGGAAGGUUGUUCAAGAGGCACCUGAAAAACCCGAGAAGAAAAAGAUGUAGUAGUUUUAUAUUUUUUGUGUGAACAUAAAUUGAGUUCUUAUUCUUAAUGUCUCAGGCAGGCUCUUUGAGAUUUCAUACUUUGUUUCAAACACACCUGGUUACUUUCUUAUAUUGUUAGGUUACUUUGUAAAGCAUGACAAACA